UGGCGAAUUAUAAAAGCUUAUCGAUUGAACGAUAAUGGCAUCAGUUCAUUCAUAGCUCGAUUGCUGUCUAGAAGCGUUCUCCGUAGCAAAAUAUUUUGAAUCAUGUCUCUCAAAGUGUGCAUCGUGUUAAUUGCCUGCAUCGGCGCUAUUGCCGCCCAGCACUAUUAUCAGCAAGCUCAUCAAGAAGAAGAACACUACGCUCCUGCUCACUACGAGUUCAACUACGACAUCCACGACGAUCACACCGGAGAUGUGCACGGACAGAAGGAAGUUCGGGAGGGCGACAAGACCCAAGGUGAAUAUUAUCUGAUCGAUGCCGAUGGCCACAAGCGCACCGUUACUUACCACGUCGAUGGCAAGAGUGGAUUCAUCGCCCAGGUUCACCGCGAGCCCAUCAAGGGAUACCAGGCCCCGCAACCAGUGCACAAAAUCUUGGCGGCUCCAGUGCAACAGCAUUACUAUCAACACUAGGCAAUUGAUAUGAGUGUGAUAUAAUGGUUAGCAAUAAUGUAGUGCAAUUGAAAUAGAACAGAUUAUUAGGCAUUUAACUACAAA